CCCUCAGGCUAUCCUUUGCGCCCCACGCUCUCUUCCUUGUCUCUUCUUCUCCACAGCUAGGGCUGAGCUCUUCUGCCCAAAUUGCACGCUCUCACUGGUCAAUGCUCUCUGGAACAACAGCCCUGCCUAGGAGAGAGCGAGCACAAGAUCAAUUUCCGGCGCCACACCCAUCUGUGACAACAGCCUUCGAUUCGUCGUCGUUUCCCGCGAGAGGGAAAAGAUCUUCAGCUUAAGGCCCUCUCUUCUCUCCCUCUCUCCCUCUAUAUGUGUGUAUGUAUGUAUGCUAUAAUUAUACGGGAAAAUGGAGAAGAAUCAAAGUGGGGUUUACGAGAGCUACGUGGUGGUCCACAACAUAGCCAAGAGGCACAACGUGGGUACCUUAGCUCGCAGCGCUACGGCGUUCGGCGUGUCGGAGCUGAUUCUCGUGGGCCGCCGCGACUUCAACGCCUUCGGCAGCCACGGCUCCACCUCUCACCUCCGCUUCCGCCACUUCCACUCUCUCUCCGACGCCCGCCUCUUCCUCAAGGAAAGAGACUGUGAUAUAUGCGGGGUAGAGAUUACGGACAAUGCUGUUGCAGUGAAUCAACAUCCUUUUAACAAGAGCACUGCUUUCCUCCUCGGCAAUGAGGGAACCGGGCUUUCUGCUAAAGAAUGCGAUAUAUGCGACUUCUUUGUUUAUAUUCCACAAUAUGGGUGUGGCACUGCUUCACUGAAUGUUACAGUAGCAGCUUCUAUUGUUCUGCAUCAUUUUGCAGUUUGGGCAGGAUUCUCUGAAAGAACCCGUGACAGGAACAAAUAUAUUGUGGCUGAAAGACCUGUGAAUCAGGCGAGACGGAACUACUGUGCAGAAACGGCAGAUUCUAUAAUUGAGGAGCGGAAAUUGAAAAGGGAAAACUCUGCUAAUGGGUUUUUUGACGCGAGUGGAAAGGAUGAUUCUUCGCCGUCGAACCUUCUGGAUGUAUUGUUUGACGAGUAAGGAGGAAUGAAUACAUGAUGGUCUUUUCCUGAUCCAAGACUCGAGACCUUGUAGCACUGAAAUCAGUUUUUGUGAUUUUGGGUCCGCAUUCUUUCCUGCCAUUUUUAAGAAGCAAACAGCCUGUGAAUGAGCAAUUACACAAGAGAAUACCUUCAAUGACAGGAUGUGUUGUCUGUUAGUCUCAGAAUUUUUUUGCGGUUCCUCGGGGUUCGGAGUGAUGCUUUGAUGUUGGAAUCUUUCUGUAUCAUUUUCUGCGUUGGAUAGAGUUAUGUACCAGGAUAAUCCCAAGGAACUCCAUGUUUCUUCAUUCUAAUUAAUUUACAGCUUAGUUUGGAAA